GGGUUGCGCGCCACGUCAGUGCUUAGAAGUAGAAUUAACAAAUCGGAGCAGCAUCAUGUUUGACUCGAAAAUUAGGGUGCCCAAGUAUAACUCGGAUGCAUUCGAUAAUGUCGAGUAUGAGCUGCAGAUGACCUAUACUCUCGAAACGGAUCGCCGCAUCAUGAGCUUCUUCGAUGCCAUGUGGGGAAUUGAAGUGUCCGGGGGCAGUGACCAAUUCGAGCCACUGACCAUCAUAAAUGUUUCGCCCACGGGGCUGGCUAAGAGAGCGGGCAUGCGUAUUGGGGAUGAGAUCACGCAAAUCAACGAUGUUCCGGCCCUGGAAAUGACCUUUAACGAGGCACUACAACUGUUCCGGAAGUCAUCCCGUUAUGUUCGCGUCUAUGUUCGCGGAGAUGAUGAUACUCCUGGCGAAGAGGAUUGGACGUGCGAUUGCUGGUUUAAGCCGCGCAAGCCCUGGCGACGUGACUUUACACCCAUACAGUGGACUUUCCCAUGGAAUGAUCGUCGCAAGCCAGUGUACAAGGAGUCGAACUGCUUCAUGGUUCCCAGCAAAAUGGAGGAGAAGAUACGUCAGCGUCGUGCCGCCACAUCAGCGGUCCACAAGAAGGAGGAGGCACCACCACACACCCGCUCACUCACGCCCACGCCCAGGCCCAAGAACCAGCCAGGUCCCAAUUUGCUCGAAAGUGUGCUACGGCCACGUGGUCCACCGCCUCGCGAGUAGUCGAUCCCUAAACCUAUACGGCACAGGUCUGUGCGAGAGCAUCACGUCCGAAUUCCCUUGCACUAGACGCAGAUUCUGCAGCAGCUGAUUGGCAUCAGGUGCAAGAGUAUCGCUACAGAAUGUAGGCAGUGGUAGCAUCUUGAUUUGGAUCCUGCAGUACAUAUCUGUUGACUAACAAGUUCUGCGUUAGCUGGAAAAUAGAUACGAGUACAAGCGCUACAGCAGCUGGCCCUGCAACCAUCUUUGCUGGUCAGCUGAGUGAGCGCGUUGCCACUCGAAAGCGGCAGUUACUUAUGUGCCAAGCAAGUAUUAAUGUAAAAAUGAACA